AUGGUAGCGGGCUACUCUACACAGGUUGCGAGACUUGUAGUUUUCUGUAGUGUGAACACUUUUCUAACUGAUAUACCUUUUUUGGUGGUAGCCUUAGGAACGAUUAUCAAAACGAGUAACUGUAUUUUAAACGAAUCUAAGCUGAAGGGGCUUUUAAGUACUAUCAGUGAAGAUUGGUUGACGUUAAAAUCGAAAGCUGAGUUUAAGAUUAUGUUAAAAUAUGGGAAGAGAGGAUACCUUAUAGCCAUUCUCUAUAUGAUGCAUAUGACUGUUUCCACGACUUUGUUUUCUACAAUGCCUUUCGUAUCACCUUUGCUAGACAUCAUCUUACCUCUAAACAAAUCUCGGGAACCAAUGUACUCUUAUCCAGCUUAUUACGGCGUCGAUAACGAGAAGUAUCAUUUCGUCAUCGUCGCGCACAUGACAGCCAUACUGUUCUUUACCAAUGUUCUAUAUUGUGCUUGUGACAUGAACUACGUUUACGUUGUGCAACAUGCCUGCAGUUUAUUAGCCAUUACAGGACAUCGUUUUAAGUGCGCGUGUUACGAUCAUCACACUUGUAAUAAGAUGAAGAUGCGUAGGAUAUACAGGAAUGUAUGUGAUUCCAUUCGAACUCAUCAACAUGCUCUAAAUUACGUGAACCAAGUUGGAAGUGCUUACGACAUUAGUCUCUUCGUCUCAAUGGGACUGCUGCUGGGUAGUAUCACCCUUUCUAUAUUAAUGGUGACUAACAGUGAAUUGGGCAUGAUGUGGUUCAUCUACAAUGUGUUUCUAUUGACUCAAUUGUUACAUGUAUUUUUCUUAGUCGUUCAGGGCCAAUUUGUGAUCAAUUCUGAAGACAAUCUCUAUAAAACCAUAGGGGAGGCAACGUGGUACAAUGCUACAAACGAAACAAAAACGCUAUACGUUUUAGCUCUGAGGAGAAGUUUGACUCCUCCACUGCUAACAGCUGGAGGUUUUGUAAAGUUGGAUUUGAAAACCUUCACCGAGAUUAUAAGAGCAUCAGUUUCAUACUAUACGGUAAUGAAAUCUAAAUAA